GGUCGUCAUCGUGCUGCUUUGGGCUGGGGGCUGCGGGAAGCCGUGGGUCGUCGCUGCGCAGCAGAUCCUUGGGUCCUGGCACUCCAUCAUCUUUGGUGUCUCUGCUGUGUCCUUGGCUAGACCCAGUUGCAUUUCAGUGGAGGUCUGGGAAGAUGCUGCCUUUGGAGAAGGCAUUGGUCUCCCCUAGGAGCUCCCCACCCGGUCCAGAACCUCUAAUGUUGGGGUCAGCAGACACAGCCCAGCAGGAGGAACCCAGCCAACAGGAAGAGCCCACCCUGCAGGAGGAGCCCAGUGGACAAGAGGAGCCUAUCCAGCAGGAAGAGCUCACCCUGCAGAAGGAGCACAGUGAGCAGGAGGAGCCCAUCCAGCAGGAAGAGCCUGCCCUGCAGGAGGAGCCUAGUGGGCAGGAAGAACCAAUCCAGCAGGAGUCCAUCCAGCAUGAAGAACCCAGCCUGCCGGAGGAACCCAUUCAGCAGGAAGAACCAAUUAGGCAGGAAGAGCCCAUCCAGCAGGAAGAAGCCAGUCUGCAGGAAGAGUGCAGCCUACAGGAGGAGCCCAUCCUGCAGGAAGAGCCCAGCUUGCAGGAGGCCAUCCAACAGAAAAAGCUCAUCCAACAGGAAGAGCCCCACCUACAGGAAGAACCCAUCCAACAGGAAAAGCCCAUCCAGCAGGAAGAGCCCAUCCAGCAGGAAGAAGCCAAUCUGCAGGAGAAGUCCAUGCAACAGGAAGGACUCAUUCAGGAGGAAGAAUUCACCCGGCAGGAAGAGCCCAUCCAGAAGGAAGAAUCCAUUCAGCAAGAAGAACCCAUCCAGGAGGAAGAAUUCAUCCAGCAAGAAGAACCUAGGCAGCGAGAGGAGCCCAUCCAGCAGGAAGAACCCAUCCAUCAGGAGGAAUCCAUUCAGCAGGAAGAACUUGCCCAGGAGGAAGAACUUAUUCAGCAGGAAGAGCCUGUCCAGGAGGAAGAACUUACCCAGGAGGAAGAACCCAUCCAGGAGGAAGAGCCCAACCAGCAUGAAGAACCCACCCAGAAGGAGGAGCCCAGCCAUCAAAAGGAACACAAGACCAUCCCUGAGAGAUCUCCUGCUGACCUUGAGUUCUCCCGCCUGCGCUUCCGAGAAUUUGUCUACCAGGAGGCAGCUGGGCCUCACCAGACUCUUGCCCGGCUCCAUGAGCUGUGCCGUCAGUGGCUGCGGCCUGAGGCCUGCUCCAAGGAGGAGAUCCUGGAGUUGCUGGUGCUGGAGCAAUUCCUGGGCAUCUUGCCUGACAGAGUUCGCCCCUGGGUGGUGGCCCAGUAUCCUGAGAACUGUAAGAAGGCUGCCUCCCUAGUGGAGGGUCUCUCUGACAUCCUGGAGGAGCCAGGGAUGCUGUUGUGCUCCCCCGGAGGGUCGUCUUCUUCCUUCAGUGAGGGAGUUUAUGAGAGGCACCCUGAGCCCUUGCUGCUGCCAGUGGGGCUGCUGAGCCCUAGCCGAGACCCAAGACCUGGGGAUAUCUUGGGUCCCCCUGAUACUUCUCUGCCAUCCCUUCUCCCUGCCUGGCCGACUCUAGAAUCCAUGCUUCUGGAUCAGAAGCGCAUGGGGGGAGAAAAGACUGAAGAGGCCAACCCUGCCACAGCUGAGCUGAAGAAAACAGAGUCAUUCUCAGAGGAGCCUCUGCACUCAGGAGAAUGGGACCACCUGGAUCCCUCAGAGGAGAACCUGAAGAGCUACAAGAAGCUACUCCUGUGGGGAUAUCAGCUUGGGUCUGAUGCCGCCUCCCAGAUGGAGUCAGAGGAACUUCCUGCAGUGGAAGAAUUGCCAGGAGGCAGCCUCCCAGGUGGUGGCAGGCGUCAGGAAAGUGAAGAGAACAUGUGUGAGGACGUCUCCCUGUGUGAGACACUGAUGGAGAGGCUGGCAGGGGAUGUUCCUGUGACCACGUCGCUGGACACCACCCAGGAGGAAGAGCUUGAGGAAUCAAGCUCUGCCAGCUUCUCCAAGAGACAGUCAGUCAUCCGGCAGCCAGGUGGGCCAGGCACCCCACAGCCAAGCACUGGAACAAAGAGGCCCCAUCCCGAUUAUGAGGAUGAUCUGAGCCCUGAGUGUUCCUCCAGUGUGGGGAGGGAGCUCGAAAAGGGGGGGUACGCUGCAGGGUCCCCGACUGGGCAGGACCCAGGUACCUCUGCUGUGGGCUGCUCUGUAGCUGAUGAGCCUGGUGCGUUCCAAGGGAAGCCUUACCCCUGCAGUGAGUGCGGGGAGGCCUUUGCGUGGAUCUCACAUCUCAUUGACCAUCACAGGAGCCACAGCAGUAAGAAGCACUAUGCAAGCCAGGGCUGCUAGGAAGCCUUCUGCUCCAGCCUGACCCUGGCUCAGCACUCCAAGAAGAAAAAGGAGAAAUGCUACACCCUGCCACAAGUGAAACCCACACUGGUGGAUCAGCGGUUCCAUGGUGUACAAGUGGUGUUUUCCGUGUGCAACCUUGAGGGGUAGAGAUGAGCCUCUCUGCUCCAUGUGUUCCAAGGAGACAGUUUUGGCUGGCUGGGAAUCCUGAAAUGUAUGCAGCUCCUUCCAAAUGCUUGGGUGGUGGCUUCCUUUGGUGUCUAUUUAUUUUCUAAAUGCUAAUGUGGCUGAAAGCACUUAAAACUAAGAAGGGUCCACAGGAAGCCCUCACCUUGUAAACACAUCUGUGUAAGUCAUCAGAUGUGAAGUGAAGGAAGACCACAGCAUUUAGCACCACCUGUAUGCUGGAUCAUUUGACAUUGUGCAAAGUGUAGAGUUGCCUUAAAGUGUGUGUGAUCUGUCAGCGCUUUCUUGAAGUCAUCCUUGCCUCGAUUGCUCCUCAUUGAGCUCCCCAACUUUGUUCAAGCAGAAUUCUUGCCAUCUGUUUUGGCCUUUUUGUAAAUAUGUGAUAUCAAGUUCACUUUUAAACUCACAAACCAGAAACUGUUUCUUAUUUCAACUCAUGUCUCUUUCUGUAUGGUGUGGCUUGCAAAGAUACUUGGAGCCUAGCACAGGGUUUUUGGACUGUGGGUUCCAACCCAUCAGUGAAUUGUGAAAUCAGAUUAGUGGGUGGCCCCUGGCAUUACAAAGCAAUGGAGUAGAGUAAAGUAGUUCAGAAUGCAUCAUGUAGUAAAGGCAAGUAUUGUUUUGUGAAACUUUUCAGCUGUGUAUCUAAAUAUGAGAGCUGGCUACCAUGUAAACUAUAUUUCUUACUAGGGGGUUGUGAUCAAAAUAGGUUAAAAACACUAAUAAAGGCUGAUGAAGUGAUCUGUCUGCCUAAGCAAAAAAGGAACCAAAGUUGGCCUGCAUAGGUCAUCUUUUGAUUUGCAUUUAACCUCAGAUUACAGUAUUGUUUCGUUGCCUGACCAUAAAUUUAAUUGUUCCCUGUAGAUACAGAAACUGGUGCCUCUUUCUGUCAGUGUUUAAAUAAGCAAUCUGUGUAACAACCCCCAAUCACAGAAGCUUAAUAUAAUAAACUAUUUUAUUUCUUCACUCAUAUUACAACUCAUUGUUUUGUGACUCUGCUGCUGCUUGUGUGUUCUGGGGAGGGAGCACUGCUCCAUGCAGUGACACUGGGAUCCAGGUUCCCUCCCUGCUGCAGUUUGCUCUCCACUGGAUCCUUGGUACAUGUGGAGAAGCCUACACCCUUCACCUGGGAGAAGAUGCAUUCCUGGAGAGGAAUGAUCCCAUGGCUGUGUCAUCUGUCUGAGAACAUCUACCCAGAUGCCUGUCUGCCAGUUACUGAGCCAAGUUCCUCCCUUAGCCUGUCCAUGUCCAAAUCCCAAGCUGAGUGUGGCUCUGGUAAGAAAAAAGCCUCACUGUACUGUCUCAUUUACAGCAUGACCUGUCAGCCUGCCUUACCCUGCUGCUGGGAGAUUUCCUCAUGAUACCUCCCAAAACCUGAACUUACAGAAAAGGCAAACCCCCACAUACCCAUGCUCUGCAUAUGCCAUGCUCACUCGUCUGAGGGUGCGGUGUCCAUGUUGCUCCUGUUGUGACACUGCUUAUCCUCAUCUGUUCAAAGUAUUCAGUUUCUCUACUGUGGUUUCUUUCAGCUAAAAAGCAACCUGUGGGAAGAUACUUUAAGAUCAUGCCAGUAUCCUGCUCAUCAAAAUUCUACCCCUGUAUUUGGCUUCUAUUGAUUCCUGCUUGCAUCCAUCUUUACCAUGCAGGUUACCAAGUGGUUUUCACACAGCAGCACUCGAUGUUUCCCUAUUGCCUUAUCAUUCUGCUGCAAGUUAGCACUCUCUCCUCUCCCCAGUUACUGGUCUUUAUUACUGGAAAUGGACUCAUGGGUUUGAAAGAUAGUACUUAGGUCUACACUUGAUUUAGGACCAGGAGCCUGUCCUGCCAUUUACUUAAGCUGAUUCCCCUGAUUCAUCUGCUUUCUUUGAAGACAAGAAGAAAAGGAGGAGGAUUCAUGCAAUGCAACAAAGAGAAGGAGGCCCAAGUAGCUGACCCAAGGACCAGCUAUGAACUGCCCUGUCCAGGACAGCCACAGGCUGGGCAGAUGUCCAGAG